AUGGUUCUCUCCGAUCUCGGCCGUCGGAUCAAUUCGGCCUUCCAAGAUCUCUCCAAAGUCCCCACCGUCGAUGCUGCCUCCAUCGACCAACUCCUGAAAUCCGUCUGCAAUGCCCUCAUCGAAGCCGAUGUAAACGUCAAACUUGUCGCCAACCUCCGCUCUCGGGUCAAAGCUCAAGUUACAGCUCUACUCAACGAUAAAGCAAACGCCAACUGGACCGACACACAAAGACGUCAACGAGUUCAAAAAGCCGUUUUCGACCAUCUCGUUGCUCUUGUAGAUCCUUUUCAUGGCCAGACGAAAACAGACGAUGAAUCGGGUGCUGUCGUUCCUUCUAGCAAUGCUGGCCCAGGGGAUAUCUUCAAGCCGAAGAAGGGAAAGCCUAAUGUCAUCAUGUUCGUAGGUUUGCAGGGUUCGGGUAAAACGACUUCGUGUACCAAAUUGGCCCUGUACUACCAAAAGCGAGGUUUCAAAACGGGUUUGGUCUGCGCAGACACUUUCCGAGCAGGUGCUUUUGAUCAGCUGAAACAGAACGCAAGCAAGAUCAACGUCCCCUUCUACGGAUCCUACACCGAAACCGACCCUGUCGCCAUCUCUGCUGCAGGUGUAGCCUCCUUCAAACAAAACCGAUUCGAAGUAAUCAUCGUCGACACUUCCGGACGUCACAAACAGGAGCAAGAACUGUUCGACGAGAUGCGCGAAAUCGACGUCGCCGUUACCCCCGACCUUACCAUCAUGGUCCUCGAUGCAAACAUCGGUCAAGCGGCAGAAGCCCAAUCCCGUGCAUUCAAAGAAGCUGCUGGCUACGGUGCCAUCAUCGUCACAAAACUCGACGGACACGCAAAGGGAGGUGGAGCAAUAUCCGCCGUCGCUGCUACCUCCACACCCAUUAUGUUCAUUGGUACCGGUGAACACGCUGCUGAUCUCGAACCGUUCCGUGCUCAACCUUUCAUCUCCAAGUUACUGGGUAUGGGAGAUAUCAGUGGAUUGAUGGAUAAGAUGGAAGAGAUGCAGAUGAAUGGAGGGCAAGAGAGGCAACAGGAGAUGUUGAAGAAGAUUGGUGAGGGUGGUGUGUUUAGUAUUAGAGAUUGGAGGGAGCAGUUGUCGAAUAUUAUGGGGAUGGGACCGUUGAGUAAGAUCGCAGGGAUGAUUCCGGGGAUGGGCCAAAUGUUGAGUGGAGCAGGAGGGGAUGAUGAAGCGGCGGGAGGGAAGAUGAAGAGGAUGAUGUUCAUUACUGAUGCUAUGACUGCCGAGGAACUUGACUCUGAUGGAAGGUUGUUCUAUGCUCCCAUCCGUUCAAAGAAGCCUCCUGCACCGGUGGAGAGCAAGCAAGUGGCGAUUGCAGAAAGCUCCACUGCGGCUGGUAGGGCAAAGAAAAAGAAGAAACCUCUGCAGAAAGUUCGCAUGACCGCCCGCGCUCGUCGUGUAGCUCGUGGGUCAGGUACAAGCGUCAAAGAAGUCGAAGAAUUCUUGAUGCAAUACCGAAUGGUAGGGUCAAUGGUGAAGAAGAUGGGAGGAAAGGAUGGCUUCUUGCGUCAGAUGGGUAUGGGAGGUGCAGGAGGAAAGGGCAAGAUGCCAGCUCCAGGUAUGCUUCCCCCCGGAAUGUCGAGAGAACAAGUUAUGCAGAUGCAAAACGCACUCCCUCCCGAUAUCAAAGCUCAACUUCGACAGCCAGGUGGACGAGAAAAGCUCCUGCAGCAGAUUCAAUCAGGAAACAUCCCAGAAGGUCUAGCCGGGAUGGGUGGAAUGGGCGGAAUGGGUGGAUUAGGAGGACUAGGAGGGUUAGCGAACAUGUUUGGCGGUGGUGCAGGAGGACCAGGUGGCGGGGGGAUGCCUUCGAUGCAACAAAUAAUGCAAGGAAUGGGUGGAAUGGGUGGAAUGAUGAACAUGAUGAAGGAAAUGAUGAGCGGCGGCGGUGGUGGAGGAGGUGCUCCUCCUUGA